AUGAGUGAACUAGGGUUAAUGAAGAUUAGGCUACAUUAUGGAGGCGUUAUGGAGCGUAAAGAUAACGACUUUCAGUAUCGGGGAGGAUUAGUGAAUAAAGACAUUGCUAUCGAUCCAGAUUACAUGACGUGGUGUAUGUUCGAAGGAUUCUGUGAAGACAAUGGGUCAAACGGGAAGAGUAGUAAAGCAAGGAUGUUGAAGCAGGGUACAAUUGCAAGGAUGUACAAGGAUGAAGCAAGAAGAAGACCUGGUAUUAAGUGGACUGACAUCAAGGAUGAGAUAAUGAUGAGGUACAGUCUCUCAGUUUCUAAGUGGAUAUGCACGAAAGCAAGAAGAAUGGCUCUAGAUUUGGUAAUACAAACUCAGAGAGAGCAAUUUGCCAAGCUGUGGGAUUAUGAGAGGGAGCUUCAGCGUUCAAAUGAGAAUACGAAGACUGAGAUUGUGACUAUUCCUCGUGACGAUGGUAAGGUUGUCUUCGACAGAUUCUACAUUUGUUUUGAGAAUCUGAGGAACACAUGGAAGAAUUGUUGUCGGCCUAUUAUAGGACUUGAUGGUGCAUUUAUGAAAUGGGAGUUAAAGGGUGAGAUUCUUGCAGCUGUUGGUCGAGAUGCAGAUAAUAGGAUUUAUCCUAUAGCGUGGGAAAUAGUUAGAGUGGAAGAUAAUGCUUCAUGGGCUUGGUUUGUUGAUAAGUUGAAGGCUGAUUUGGAUUUGGGGUUAGGCAAUGGAUUCACUAUCAUAUCUGACAAGCAGAAAGGUUUGAUAAAUGCUGUUGCAGACCUUCUACCCGAGUCAGAGCAUAGACAUUGUGCUAGACACAUUUUUGCAAAUUGGAGGAAGGUUUAUAGUGCGUCAGAGUAUGAAGAUUAUUUCUGGGCAAUUGCAUACAGCUUCACGAAUGGUGAUUAUCAGAUCAAUUUGAAGGCUUUAGAAGUGUUCGACGCAAAGGCACAUGAGGACUUGCUGAAGACAGAACCGAAGACAUGGUGUAGAGCAUUUUUCAGUAGACAUGCACGAUGCGAAGAUGUGUGUAACAACCUCUCAGAAAGCUUCAACAGAACAAUCAAAGAUGCUCGUAAGUUGCCACUGAUUAACAUGCUUGAGGAGAUUAGGAGACUUGCAAUGAAGCGUAACUCUCGAAGGCGUGACAUAACAAGUGGCUGUUCGACUCAGUUUCCACCAAAUAUCAUGGAGAUUUUUGAGCAAAACCGCCAACUAUGUGGUAUGUCUUCCAGAAAAGCAUUGUGCUUGUAA